AUGGCUUCCAGCAGUUUGUCGACGGUGCUGAGGUCCUGCAAAGGUGUGCGGCCAUGUCUGUCUCAAAUAUCGAGUGUCGGCAGGUCCCAGGCUGGUCUCGCUCGGCACUCCUCAACGGCUGCCGGCUUGCUGCCUCUCCAAGGUUACCGGGUGCUUGACAUGACCCGUGUGUUGGCAGGUCCUUACUGUACACAGAUCCUCGGUGACCUCGGUGCUGAGGUCAUCAAGAUCGAGCAUCCAGUCCGCGGUGAUGACACAAGGGCCUGGGGUCCUCCGUAUGCAAAGUACAGAGAGGGCUCGGAGCACCAGGGGCCCGGGGAGUCGGCUUACUUUCUAGGUGUAAAUCGGAAUAAGAAGUCAUUGGGCUUGUCCUUUCAGGAUCCUGCCGGUGUAGACAUUCUCCACAAGCUGGCGGCCAAGUGCGACAUCCUUGUCGAGAAUUACAUCCCCGGAGCGUUGAAGAAAUACGGCCUGGACUUCGAUACCAUCCACAAAAUUAACCCGGCCCUGAUCUAUGCCUCCAUCACCGGAUACGGCCAGAGCGGCCCGUACUCGCAAAGAGCAGGUUAUGAUGUGAUGGUGGAGGCAGAAUUCGGCUUGAUGCACAUCACCGGCGCCCGUGAUGGUCCCCCAGUCAAGGUCGGUGUCGCUGUCACAGAUCUGACCACGGGUCUGUACACGAGCAACUCCAUCAUGGCUGCUCUUCUUGGCCGUCAGAAGUCGGGCAAAGGGCAGCAUCUGGAUGUCUCCUUGAGUGACUGCCAGACUGCCACCCUGGCCAAUAUUGCCAGCAGUUGCCUCAUCAGUGGCGAGAAGGAUACAGGGAGAUGGGGCACGGCACAUCCAUCAAUUGUCCCGUAUAAAGCCUUCAAGACGAAAGACGGCGACGUUCUCUUUGGUGGCGGCAAUGACCGAUUGUUUGGUAUCCUGUGCGACGGCCUGGGCAAGCCGGAGUGGAAAGACGACCCGAAAUUCAAGGUCAACUCGCAGAGAGUCGCGAAUAGGGACGAGCUCGAGUCAGAGAUCGAAAAGGUUUCGACGCAAAAGACCACGAAAGAGUGGCUGGAUGUCUUUGAAGGAAAGGGAAUGCCCUACGCCGCGGUGAAUGACGUCCAAGGGACGUUGAACCAUGAGCACACCCUGGCACGCAACAUGGUCAUAGAGGUUGAUCAUGAGGACUGCGGUCCUAUGAAGCUGGUCAACACCCCGAUGAAGUUUUCCGAGAGCAAGCCUGGGCUUCGAAGUCCACCACCGACCCUAGGACAGCAUACUGAUGAGGUGUUGCGGGACCACGUUGGCUUGGAUGAGGCUCAAAUAAGGAGCUUGAGAGAGAAGGGCGUGGUCAAUUGA